AUGGAAAAAGAAGAAAAAGAAGAAAAAGAAGAAGCGCAGGAGCUUGUGCAUGACAAAGGAAACAAUCCAGGAGAAGCCAAGUUAGAGGUCACUGUGGAUGAGGUGGUAGAAGGGUAUGUGGUAUCCUUUUGGUUCUCCCAGCUGCUGCAUGUGCUCUUGGUGUCAUUGGCAUGGAUCUUUGAUUCGCAGAAUACCGUAACCACCAUCUUUACUGAUGCCCAACUAGCUGCUUGGAGAUGCAAAACCCUUGAUCCUAAAUCUAAAUAUUAUAAUAGUACUAGUGCAUCAAUAUCCUCGUCGUUGUGCAUAAGCAAGACUAGUACCGGCAACCAAGGGCAAUUCGGUUCUGUCUGUGGAUUGGAAGCGGGCACUUGGGAGUGGAUUGGAGGAAAUACGACCUCCACUAUUGCUGAGUGGGGUCUUAUAUGCGACCGCAGGUUUCUUGCUGCUGUUCCUGCUUCCCUCUUCUUUAUGGGUUCGAUUUUUGGAUGUGCUUUCUAUGGUCGCCUUGCCGACGUAUGGUUGGGUAGAAAGAAAACAUUGUUGCUGGCAUGCAUCUUAACCUCUACAACCACUUUCAUCACCUCCCUUUCUCCAAAUGUUUGGAUAUAUGCGUUUCUCCGAUUUGCAAACGGUUUUGCCCGUUCUGGGAUUGGGAUAUGCUGUCUUGUUCUCUCAACAGAAGCUGAGCGCAAAUGGCGUGGCCAAGUUGGCCAAUGUGGCUUCUUUGUCUUCACGGCGGGUUUUCUAUCUCUCCCUUUCAUUGCCCAACCUACCAGAACCCAUUGGAGGAAUUUUUACAAGAUCAUAUCCCUUCCUCCUCGUCUCUAUACUCUUUUAUUAGUCCCGUUUAUAUCAGAAUCAACCCGCUGGCUCCUUCUUCGAGGGAAAAGAAAAGAAGCAUUCGAUGCAUUACAAAAGUUUGCAGGACUCAAUGGGAAGAAACUAGCUGACAACCUACAGCUCAUAAUCCCAUCACAAGCCAAAACAGGCAGUGAAGAAGGUGAAAGAGAUGCAACGACUAACAAAAACGAAAAUCUAUGGACUGUAAGAUGGGCUGCUCAGAGGAUGAUUACGAUUAUGGUGGCUGGUUUUGGAGUUGGAUUUGUUUAUUACGGAAUCCAGCUAAAUGUCGAAAACCUCAACUUUAAUCUCUACUUCACAGUUGUGCUUAAUGCCCUGAUGGAGAUUCCUGCUGUUUUUAUUGGUAGCAUACUAUUGAGUUUCAUAAACCGACGUCUCCUUUUCUCAAUGUCUGCAGUUUUAGCUGGCGUUUCGUGUGGUUUUUGCAUCAUUUUCUCCACCAGAGGAGGCAAAGCAAAGACUGAUAGAUCCUGUAGGAGCUGGCCUCAGUUGAUAAUUGAAGCAAUUGGUUUCAUGGCUGCUUCUAUCGCGUUUGAUGUCAUGUAUAUUUACUGCGUUGAGCUUUUCCCCACUAACGUGAGAAACUUUGCAGUGUCGCUAUUGCGCCAAGCCUUGAUGUUAGGGGCUUCUUUAUCUCCUUUAUUGGUCGUUCUCGGUCGCGUGAGCCCAUCUCUUUCCUUCCUUGUAUUUGGGGCUUUUUCCAUCCUAAGCAGAAUUCUAAGUCUAUGGCUUCCUGAGACUAGGAAUUCUUCUCUUUAUGAGACCCUAAAGCAACAAGAAAGGGGAGAGAAACUUCCUUCUCCAUCAAAUCACUCAGAGGUCCUAGCUCUAGAGCCUGCAAAUGAGAAGAAUAUCGUCCCAGUAUAAUCUAAUCCUCGGAAUAUGGUCCUAAGUGGUAACUCUAAGAUACGC